AUGCCUCAGAUAAGUGGAGCUUUGGAUAAAAAGACUGGAAAUCGGAAAAAUGGCUUAUUGUUUGGGACAUGGAACGUACGUACUCUUUUCAAACCUGGAGCGGCCCAAAAUAUUGUUAAAGAAAUCGAGAAAUACAAGUUAACAAUAGUGGCUUUACAAGAAAUUAGAUGGGAUGAUACUGGAACGAUAGAUAUACAAGAAACAACAAUACUUUAUGGUAAAUGCAAUNUUCUAUGAGUGCUUGGAUUUAACAUUAAAUGCAUUACCUCAACACAGAAUUAAAAUAGUCUUAGGUGACCUAAACGCAAAAGUUGGUAAAAAGGCUGUAUUCAGACCAAUAAUUGGUAGUCACAGCCUGCACGAGGUUACAAAUGAUAAUGGAUUAAGACUUAUCGAUUUUGCAUGUGGAAAUGGCCUUGUAGUGAAAAGCACAAUGUUCCCUCAUAAAAAUAUUUAUAAAGGAACAUGGAUGUCACCAGAUGGAAGGUGUGUCAACCAGAUCGACCAUAUUCUAGUGAGCACAAGAUUCAAAAACUGUAUUCAAGACAUAAGAACGAUGAGAAGAGCCGAUGGUGAUUCGGAUCACUAUCUGGUGAAAGGAUAAAUGAAAGUCAAAAUAAAAAAGGUUACUCGGAAAAAAGGAAUAGUGGUAGACAAAUAUGACACAGCUAAACUAAAUAAUGUGAAUACAUGUGACAGAUUCAAGUAUCAGAUGUCGGAAAAAAUCAGGAAGAUAGAUGCAGGUAUAAAUGACUCAAUUGAUGUAAAAUGAAAAAAAAUUAAAGAUAAAAUAAAGAUUGUGACAGAGUCAGAAAUCGGAAAAGUAAAAGCUGUAAGAAAACCAUGGUUUAACGACAUGUGUGAAGAUGCUCUAAAUCGGAGAAAAGAAGCUAGAAACCAGUGGCUUAAUGACUAACAUAAUAUAGAAAAAGAAAUUGCGUAUAAAGUAUGUCAGAAGAGCGCAAGUAGUGUAUUCAGAAAUGAAAAACGAAAAUAUACUCGGAAAUUAUUGGAAGAAGCAGAAGUAGAUUCUAGAAUGAAUAGAACGAGAUAGUUAUACCAAAAAAUAAACAGUAUAAGAGGAGGAUUCAGAAAACAUAACAAGUUCUUGAAAAAUGAAGAUGGUUCACUGACAACAGGACAGGAAGAGAUGUUGGAAAAAUGGAGACAAUAUUUUGGCCAACUGCUCAACUGCGAAAAUCCAGAAGAAACUUUUGAAUGGACACUAAAAACCAACGAUUAG